CUGUACUUCCAUAUUUAGUCCUCGUAUUCACGUGCAUACAAAGAAUCUCUGGUCAAAAUGUCCUAAAUCAAAAAGCGUCAAACCCAAUUCUCCUCUCCUUCAUUUACAGAUCCAAGGUGGAGGAGGAGAUUUGAUUCUCAUACACAGUUGAAACUAUGGCGCAGAGUGUAUUGGUGACAGGUGGUGCGGGGUACAUUGGAAGCCACACCGUGCUUCAGCUAUUAUUGGGAGGAUAUAAACCCGUUUUGGUCGACAAUCUCGAUAACUCUUCCGAUAUUGCGAUCAAGAGAGUCCAAGAACUCGCUGCUGAAUAUGGCCACAACCUUUCCUUUCAUCAGGUUUGUUGCAAGUUUACUUCAAUCGCACAGUACCUGCGGGUUAUCAGACUGCCCAGCUCCAUUAUAAUGGUCGAUUCAUCUCCUCAUGAGGCGACUGCGAUGGGCUAG